AUUCUGUUACCAUCGCGACAAACGCGAGUUGGCUAGACCGAACCUCCCCGCGCGCCGAACUCGCUCAGAAACACCGAAAUCAAAACAAACCCGCCAGAAACCACGCAAACUUCCAGAAAAAUGACUUGCCUUGAGAGAAGUGCCGGGUAUUGGUCCAAAAGUCAGAAGAAAAAACGCUCGAGUUGAAUCAGAAUAGAUAGGAUGAAUGUGGAAAGAAGAGUGAGCUACAAUGCUUUCACCGUCUUCGACGAACUGCGGAAGAACGGCCAGCUCUGUGAUGUUGUGCUACGGUGCGAAGACCAGGACUUCCCCGCCCAUAGGAAUAUCCUUGCAGCCUGCAGCCCUUACUUCAGGGCCCUGUUCACCAACGGCAUGCACGAGACCCAGGAGCGAGUGGUCAACAUUCCCAACACCAAGGCCAACCUGCUGGCCCUCAUCCUGGACUACGCCUACACCAGACAGGUCAAGAUCACGGCCGAGAACGUGGAGGAAUUGUUGCCGGCUGCCGACCAGUUCAACGUCGGAGGUCUGGUGCAACUCUGCAGCGAGUUCCUCAUCAACCACUUGGCGGCGGACAAUUGCAUCGGCAUCUGGCGCUUCGCCAAGAUGUACUUCUGCUUCAAGCUGCAGGAGACCGCCCUCAUGUUCAUCCUGGUCCACUUCGAGGAGAUCGUGCUCCUUCCGGAGUCCGAGGAAUUCCUCUCACUGAGCGUGGACGAGCUGGUGGAAUUACUGUAUGAGGACCAACUGAAUGUCAAGAUGGAGGAGUACGUCUUCGAGGCAGUGCUGAGAUGGAUACGAUUCAAAGAGGCCGAACGCAAAACAUUCAUGCCCCGCCUCUUGAUGCACAUACGCCUUGGUAUGACCAAUACGGACUACUUUAUGAACAACAUCAAGGCGCACUCAUACGUCAAGAACAACGACCUGUGUAAACCGGUCAUCGUGCAGACCAUCAACUACACGUACAAUUUCGACGCUACCGAGGGCACAGUGGGGCCCAGCAAAGUGGUAUCCCGCCCAAGACUGCCGUACAAAGUCCUGUUUGCCGUCGGGGGCUGGAGCGGCGGCAGCCCGACCAGCGCCAUCGAGUGUUACGACACCAGGGCCGACCGUUGGGUCAUGCUGGACACCGCCAACAACAGGCCCAGGGCCUACAUGGGCGUAGCCGUGCUGGGGCACAAGCUGUUUGUUAUUGGUGGGUUCGACAGCAACCAGUAUUUCAACAGCGUGCGGCUGUUCGACCCGCUCACCCGUGUCUGGCGGGAGGUUGCUCCCAUGCAUUCCCGCCGGUGCUACGUCAGCGUGGCCGUGCUGGGCGGAGUCAUCUACGCCAUGGGGGGUUUCGACGGCCACACUCGGCUGCGGUCGGUAGAGAGAUAUGAACCGGAGGCUAAUCAGUGGUCUCUGAUCCAGUCCAUGAACCACCACCGCAGCGACGCCUCGGCCUGCGCGGUGGGCGGCUGCAUCGUCAUCGUCGGCGGCUUCAACGGUAACGAGUGCCUGAACACCACGGAGAUGUACGACCCCGAGGCCCGGGAAUGGCGCGACCUGCCCCGUAUGGGCAGCCGGCGGAGCGGAGUGGGCUGCGUGUCGUUCCGGGACUACGUUUAUGCUGUGGGCGGUUUCAACGGUUUGACGAGACUCAACACCAUGGAGCGGUGGACCAUGAACGCCCUAGGCUGGACACCCUGCCCCAGCAUGUACAUCCACCGCAGCAACUUCGGUUCCAUCGUGCUGGACGACAUGAUCUUCAUCAUCGGCGGCUUCAACGGCAUCACCACUAUCUUCAACGUGGAGUGCUACGAUCCGGACAACGAAGAGUGGUACGACGCCUGUGACAUGAACGUCUACCGGAGCGCGCUCAGCAUCGGCCUGAUCGAGGGCCUGCCCAACGUCCGCCAAUUCACUUGGCCGCGGGACUGCGACCUGCCGCCCCCAUCCCUGCCACCGGGCGAGGCCGACUCCAACGCUCACCAGUCGGUCCACCACCAGCAGCACCGCGGUCAGGUAGCCGGCCAGCAGCAGCAGAGGCAGAACGACGCGGCGGUGCAGGCGGCGCUGCCGGGGCCGGCGGCUCAAGGCCAGGCCGGUAGGCAGGGUGCGGUUGACGAACAAAUUGCUGCAGCAUUGCCUGAGCUGAUGGAAUUCCAGGACCAGGAGGAGAACGAGGCGCUGGUGCAGGGAGAUGUCGAAGACGACGCCAAUGCCAACGGAGAAGAAGAGGAGGACGAAGACGAAGAAGAAGACGACGACGACGACGAAGACGACGAAGAUGUCGAAGACGAGGAGGAAGUGCAGUUUCCAGACAGACCGCCCAACCACCGACGACCGCCCCGGGAGAGGAGACCUGUGAGGAUGUGAACGUAGGGGAACAGUAUGCGCGCGUCCUCCUCAUCUUGCUUGAGUGAAAUGUUGAGAACAAAGUUGGGCAAAAGUGGUAAAAUUUGCAUCUCAUUAAAGGACACUAGGUGGGUGAACUUGUGUUAGGCGGUGGAAUUUCCCUCUUGAAUGUUUUUCUGUCGUCAUCGCACGCAGUUUGUAGGUAUAGCAUGAGUUUAACAGGGAAAAAAUAAAAUUACCUUCCAUUUUACAUUGUUCUCGUUACGUCUUCCGGAUGUCACUUCUCUAACUGCAAACAUACAGAAUGGGCUGGGACUGACUGAGUUCACGAAGGCUUUAACGCAGCAGCAUAGUUUUAUUUCGCGUUGUUUCUUCGUACAUUUGUAUAAUAUUGUGUAUAUAGUGUAUAUAUGGUAGAAUUGUAAAUAAAUGGAAUCAUGUAUGUAUUUGAUUUAUCAUAAUUGACCUUUUUCGGUUGUAUAGAGCCGCCUAUUUUUGAAUACUUUGAGAGCUGCAUGUUGAACCGACAAAGUCAAUAAACCCAAAUAUGAUUCAUAGGAAUGAGAAUUAUUUUGAACUGCACGCAUAGCGAUUUACCAAUUUAUUAUUUACUGAGAACUUAGGUAUUUGCACGAUAGUUUCAGCCUUUAAUGUAUACCGUAUACCUGUUUUCCGUACUGGGGCGGGGUUAUUGUCUCUCAUUCACGUUCACUAAUUUGGGGGGAGGGAGGCGUCAAUAUUGGGGAUCAGUCGACCUCGAAAGACUGAGAGCAAGUCUAUUUCCUUGUUUUCCACCAAACUUGAGCGUGGAAAAUAAAUUAGUGAUCCAAACUA